ACAGGACUAUGAAGAGCUAGAAAAGCAGCUGAAAGAAGUCUUUAAGGAGCGAAGCACCAUCCUCCGUCAGCUCACAAAGACAUCAAGGGAGCUUGAUGGAAUUAAAGUCAACCUCCAGUCUUUAAAAAACGAUGAGCAAUCUGCCAAAACUGAUGUUCAGAAGCUUCUGGAAUUUGGCCAGAAACAAAGGGAAGAAAUGAAGUCUCUCCAGGAGGCCUUGCAAAAUCAACUUAAGGAGACAUCUGAGAAAGCAGAAAAACACCAGGCCACUAUUAAUUUUUUAAAGACCGAAGUGGAAAGAAAGAGCAAAAUGAUCCGAGACCUCCAAAAUGAGGGAGACAUUGGCCCAUCCUUGUGGGCCUGCCAGCUUCUGGUCUGGCUGGAUGAGGCCCCUGCUGUGCACCAGGCCAUGCUGUACUGCCCACACGUCAGACACUGUCACGCUGCAACACAGCUGGCUACUGCGGAAGGAGUCAAGGACCUAUUUUUCCUAUAUUUAUCCCACUUCUACAGCAGUGUGUGA